AUGGCAUUACACAACUACAUAUAUUUGAAGCACAAGACAUCCGAUCAGGAGUGUCACAGACUUAUGUCACGAGAACAUGAUAACAGACCAAACGUAGAGUACGUUAGAAACAAGAACAGAGGAGGAACCAAGAAAAGCGAUAAUGAAGGUGGUGGACCUUCAGAUACUGUUACUGCCACUGCAACAAAUGUUAGCCCUUCUAUAAUCACUACCAGUACGCCGGAUCGUACCGGGUAG